AUGAGUUUUCUAAGUUUUUUUACAUCAUCCACAAAGCAAUAAUCAAAAUUAUAGAAAAUAAAAGUACAUAAAAUAAUAAGAUAUUAGAUUUAUAAAGAUGAACAAUGUUAAAAUUAUUUCCAAAACUUAAACAUCGAAGAUAAUACAUAGUGCUAAAAAAUUUUAGAUUAAAUUGAUAUUUCAAAUCAAAUAGGAGAUGAUGUUUUAAUUUAUAUAUCAUUAGGUGAGAAAAGUACUCAUUCUCUUUACCUGUUAGAAAGAUAAAAAGUGCAUCUCAUAAAGAAUUAUUAAUAAAUAGGAAUAAAUUUCUAAAAUUUUACAAAAUGCCCCGCAAAAUCUAGAACUUUAUAUAGUUUAUUAAGAAAUCAAGCUUUCUAAAUUGCAAGAAAGUCAAUCUUAUCGCUAAAAAAUUUGGAAUCAUACCAUCAAUAGUAUAAGAUUUAUUUUUAUUGUUGAAGGUUAAAAAGAUCAUUCAUUUAGAUAAGGAACUUUACUGAAAAAAAAUAAAGCAGGUAAAUUUAUAGAGAGGGUUUUUAAAUUAUAAAAAGACACUUUAAUUUAUGAGAAGAAUGAUAAAAAUCAAAAAAAACAAAGCUGCAUUUCACUUGAUUCAAUGUAAAUUGAAAAACAGCCAGAUAAAAAUUUAACAUUCACAAUAAAGUGCGAUCAAAAAAUUUAUUAAAUUAAAGCAUAAAGUAGAACAGAUUUUGAUGGAUGGUAGGUAGAAAUCAUAUAGAAUAUUUAGGUUAUAUUCAUUACACAACUAAAUUAUGAAAUGGAAAGAAGUGAAACUAUUACUAGAUUACGAUAAGAAAAUUGAGCAAAGUGGCCAUCUAAAAGUGGAAAAAUUGAAAGGCCUUCCAAGUCAAUUCAAAUCUAUCAAGUUUAUAGCAUAGACAAAUUCUUACAUUACAAAGUUUAAUUAAUCAAAAUUUUAGAUAAUUUUAAGAAUAUUUGUAAAAUAAGAGAUCAGAUUUAGAAAAGAAAUUUUUUUAAUUUUUGCGAUUAUCUUAUGAGAGUGAAACAUUGCAAUAAGGAUAGAAAAGUUAUAAGUAAAUGAUUGAGAAUAAAGACACCUUGUUACAGGAAAUCUAAGAAAGUAUUAAGGAGGAUGAAUACUUUUGCAAAUUUGAAAAAAUCUAAUAAAGUUCAUUUAAAUAAGAAUUAACAAUAUAUUUUGAAAAAUAAAUUUUACCAGAUUUUCUUUUGCAAAGUAAGAAUAAAUUUUAUAUGAUAGUUGAUUAAUCCUAAAUUCUAUUAGAUUUUUCUAUUCAUUAGUUUAAAUAGUUCUAUACAUUUCCUUUGUUUGAUUCCUCAAGUUUUUAUUAUGAUCUUACUGAUACAGUAAUCGUGAAUUCUGAAUGA